UUUCAAGAUAUCCGUGCAUAGUCGCGGAUUGAUGACGUAGCGCGUCACAGGCAGAGGAGGGCGCUUUCCAUAGAAACAGGAGGACGCUUGUUUUGGUACGCUGAGUAACUCUGCUGGGAGAAGGUUUUAGAUUUGUAAGUUUUAUUUCAAAGUAUGUGGAAUCGCAGUGAUUCGAGAAGCUCGGCUCUGGCGAGAGCGCAGACGCAGCUCCGCGGAAAGCGAGUAUCCAGCGCCACAAACGAGUCCAAGGAUGAGUUUCAGGAGUACAUGGAUGCACUGACGAAAAAAACGAACGCUUUAAAAGUCAGCCAGACUCCAUUUCAGGACCUGAGCGAUCUUUCAAUGGAAGACACGGACAGCGAAAUGAAGGAGAACCGAAUUGUCAAAAGCAAGACAACGCACAGAGAAGACGACCGUGAAAAGACUGUGGUGGAAAGCAGGUUUUUAAAAAAAGCGUCCCAGUCUGUCAAAGGAAGCCAGUCCCCAACAAUGAGUAAAACAUCAAGUAAAACAAACCCAACUGCUCCAAAGGCUGCGUCCACGCAGAGAGGCUCCACCAGUGCAGCUCUGAACAGACUGGCUCUCAUAGAGAAUAAAAUCAUGAACAGAAGGCGAGCCAGGGACCAUGCAGACCCGGACGCCGAUCUAUGGGCUUCAGAUGAAAAGCCCUUCUCUGUCCAGUCCAGCAGCGAUCACAGCACCCGGGGCAGCAGCAGGUUUCUCAAGAGAAAGCCUCCAGACUCUAAAGGACCGGACCCUGCACAAGUUGAACAGACUGCAGGAGGCCUUCAGAAGUCGCACCCCAAACUGACGCGUAAACAAGUCACUGUGGACAGUGAUGAGGAGGAUAUGAAGAAGCUGUUAGGCAGCUCAGCGGUAAUGUCAGAGGAGAGCUUCAUUAAACAAGAGAGACCAGCUUCCAGAGAGAGCCCAGCACCUGCCAGAAAGUCUUUCUUGAAGAGCGAUCGAAAGACACAGCCAAGAUCUCCUUCCCCACCCAGAAGAAGCCCCCUUUCCAGGACCCCCUCCCCUCGUCGAUCCCCACUCAGGACUGUCUCCAGAACCCCCUCCCCUCCCAGAGGCCUCUCCCCCAGGAGGAUGUUGUCUCCGAGAAUGAAGUUCAUUAAGAGAUCGUCCUCUUCCCUGUCCCUGAGGAGUGAUGUGAAAUCUGUGGAGGAGCUGUUCCCUAGCGUGCUGGAGUCUGAGGGUGUGAUCAGUGAGAGAAGCGAUGGCUCAGAUGAUUUCAAACUAAAUAUUAUGACCUUUGAGGACCUUGUGCCGGCAAUAUUGGGAGAAACAGAGGCACCAGAAGAAAGGCAAGAAAAGACAAAAUCCAGCAAGACCAUUAACACUACAGACAGCAAAGGACCACAGGGCUUUUCUCAGCCAGCAAAUCUGAAUCAGGUGGACGGCACUGCUGAAUACGAGAGCGACUUUGAGAGCGAGAUCCAGACAGUCUCCGAAAAGACAAUUGGUGAAAUCUCAGAACGUCUAAACGACGACUCUCCAGCCAGCAUGGUCCAGGAAGUGUCUGGAAGAUCUCAAAGAGAGGCGUGGAGCGAACAGUCUGGGUACUCAGCCGAGGAGAGGGCUAGGAAGAGAGAGCACACAGAAUCAGAUCCCUCCUGGUCGUAUCCAGGCAGAACGGAAGGGGGUCGCUCCAGCACUGACUCCUCGUACUCAAGGGCUUCCACAUAUUCAAGUCCAUCUCCGUCUGGCACACUCACGCCAACCCCUCGCAAAGGGAGAUCGAGCAAGCACAGGGCUGUCAAAGAGGCAGGAGUGCAGACGCAAGCCACUGGAUUAGCCUACAACUGGUCCAACGGUAUGGCAGUAUUGGGUCCAUCGAUUGGAGCAACGUAUGUGGAUCCAACUCCCAUUGCAAGCCAUGUUGUUGGCGCUGAUGCGCUAGAAGCUCUCACAGCCUACAGUCCUGCAGUGUUUGCUUUAAACGACAUGCUGAAGCAGCAGUUGGCUUUGACGAGGCAAUUUGCAGAGACCAGCCGGUAUCUUCACACUUCUCUUCUUGAAUCACUUGGACCAGAAAACUACCACUAUACAACGUUAGAGGAUACUAAAGAGUUUAUACGUAAUUGCAAGCCUCCACCUCUAACUAUGGAAGAGGCUUUGGAAGAGGUGCUUCAGGAUAUGAGGGAGUAUCAUUACAUCUGAACGCAAGCAGGACGCUACAGAAGAAAUGGAAACAGCCUCGGAGAUUUAUUUUGAUUUCGAAAGUGAACGGCAAACGUACUCAUCUUAUAACAGACAAUGCUGUGGAACAAAACAGAAAAGUAUAUGGCUGAUGUAUUCUAACCAAAUAAAUGUAUAAAGAACUGUGUUUACCUGAAAUUAAGAUUUUAGAUUUAAAAAAAUAAAAAAUGGGUCCAAAAUUGACAUUUAUGGUGUUUGCCGUGGCCCAAAUUUAAAGGUGUUUUUUUGUUUUUUUUUUUUUUUUUAAAGUUUCAUAAAGUUACUUUAGGUGCUCAUGAAUGUGUUUGCUUUUUUUAAAGAUUACUGCCAUGUAAAUAAGGUGUUUGAAGAUUUUAAUUUUGUACUAAAAAUACACCAAAGAAUGAUGACUCCAGCUUUGAAAUGUGAAAAAAAUAUUUGCCAUAAUUUUUAUAUGUACCAAUCCAGUAUCAAUCUAGAUGAACUGAAAAUGCAACACAUGUCCCAUGGAAAAAGGAAGAGUUAUUUGCAUCCUGUGACAGUAACGUGAACUGCAACAAGAAACAUAAAAUCAAAAAAAUCACAGUCUCUUUGAUUCAAGUUGGCUUUUAUAGUUAACAGACAAUAAAUCUCAGUUACCUAAACAAAAAGUGGCCCAAAAUGUUUUAUGUAACUUGUUCAAACGGAGUCAAUGGUAAAGUAAUACAUCAGUAUUAUACUGUAUAUAUAAAAAAUAACACACAACACAUUUGUCUGUCUAUUUUUACAAUUUUUCUUAGUACGCCCUUUCUAAAAUCUGGGGGGUGGCAAG